GUGCACGUUAAUUAAAAAGUGUGCAUGUGUCACAUUGACGGCAGAUAGUGACAGCCCAUUCUGGGUCACGUCACUUUGACUGACCUAGAUUUGAAAAUACAUUUGGAGGAAGAUGUGUGUGCAAGAGGACAGGAUACACACAUGUUUAGAUAUAAACACAACACUAUCUAACCUUGAAGAUAUCGUUUGCAUUCUUACUUCUUAUUUACUACCGAGCAAACCUUUUGUCUAGGCCCUUCACCCAAGAAAAAACACAAUACAAACUUCUUAUCAGACGUUUUUAAAAGUCUCCAGUUGAUUUUCCUUCCUCACCACCCUCGAUGAACACCUUCCCUUCCUUCUCCGCCCCUCCUCCCAACACGCCCAUCCUCAAGUCAGUGUGUAAGCCGUGCCUUCGGGCCCCGUGGACGAUGAACGAUGUUCCCACACUUGACUACGAGUUCCUUCUGUCCCCGGCCAGCGCCUCCCUCCCUGGCAGUGCUGGGGGGGGUAGCAGCAGCCCCCCCCUCUCCCUGGGUGGCGUGGACAAUGAGCAGCGCACCGCCCUGGCCUUCGUCGGCCUCCUCGUCCUCUUCCUGGUCUUCCUGCUGGUCCGGUGCUUCAGGAUCUUGCUGGACCCCUACAGCCGCAUGCCUUCAUCGUCCUGGACCGACCACAAGGAGGGGAUGGAGAGGGGCCAGUUCGGUUAUGCACUGGUUUAAUGAUGUGUGAACAGAAACAUAUUUCACUGCAUCUUAGAGAGCGAUUUAGAUCUGGGAAUGGAUCAUGCAUAAUGUUGUGAAUGCACUCUAACAGGAGGGGUUUACUGUGUCCUGGUGUACAGUUUUAAAAUUAUGAAUCUGCAGCAUAGGGUGACC